AUGGGUGGAGAAAGAGGUGGCGCCUUGGCCGCGGCUUUGGUGGUGAUAGUGGUGGCCGUGGCCACGAUUGCUGAAGCCAAGCAGUAUCAUGUGACUUGGUCGAUACCCAGUGUUCCAGACUACAUGGAUGUGACAAUGGAUGACACAGUUCUGUUCGUGUUCGACCGUCUCCCGAUGUCUUUGAUACAAGUUUAUGAUAAGGAUAGUUAUGAUGCAUGCAAUAAGGUGUCAGCAAGGGCGAAGGUUUUACAGACCGAAACUACGGCGACCCCAACUGUUACUAUUGGGCCUGGAAACCUAACUGCUGGACCUAACUACUUCAUCGACGGAAAUACAAACCAUUGCGACGUAGGUGGAACGAAGAUUCAAAUCAAUCUCAACUGA